UUCAAGAACAGCUCCUAUGGCUCAGUUGGUAGAGCGCAUGACUAGUAAUCAUGAGGUCCGCGGUUCAAAUCCGCGUGGGAGCAUUCUGAUAUCCUUUUUGCCUGUUUUCCUUUUUCAUCUUGUUUUUAACUGGAUCAUCCCCAUCUUUGGGGGUCCUUUGAUCACGCAACAUACCAUCCUAUUCCCUACCACCGCUCUGCCCAGAGGCUGCCUACGUCCAGGAGGGACCUAACACAGCGUAACUCGCUCCUCACCAAAGCGAAGCCUUCCUCGUGAUACCAGAAGCACACACCGCAUUGCAUCGACCAUCUCAUGACCCUGUUGACACAGGAUCGAGCAUCAUGGAUGUGGAGCAGUUCGGUUUGGCUUAAUAUCACCGCACCCACUUCCUUCUGGAAAAGGCAAUGGCAUAUCUUUGCUCACCAAAAACCGUAUGCACGGUAGAGUCACUUGUAGGUUUUUAGUGGGUCGACUGCGGCGAAGUAGAAGUCGCCUCGCACGGCUUCCGCCGUAGUCUGAACCAUCCGGUGACUAUCGUGAAAGACGUCUUUCGACGACGGCGGGGACAGUAUUCAGCUCCGUAUCAUGCUCACAAUUAGGUUGGGUACGAGGCUCUUAGCUCGUAUUUGUAAAUGACCCGUUCAUCGCCAUAUCCUCUUUUAGUAGAUCCUCCUCAUCAUCGCCAUCCAUCCAUGUCCACAACUCUCUGAGUCAGCAGCAUCUCUUAGUUAACUUAGAUUGUCCCCAGGAACCGGAUACUCUCGCCCCAGUAAGAGACUCAGGAGACAAUAAUCCCAGAAUAUCCUUCCUUGGCGAUCGAAGAAAGAGCAGCGGGGACACAAAUGCAUCAAAACACCGUUCCGGAGUUAACCAACAAAAAAAAAGCCCCCCUUUUCGCGCGUAAAGCCAUGUGAGCAAAUCCUGUAUAUAAGGGGUUCUUCGCGACGGUAACAACUGUGGCGGUGUUCACUGAUGUUGAUUGAGCGGGCGCAAGUAGUAAUGGCUAGUAAGAGUAGUAGUACUUGUCUAGCGCUGUCCAAUCACAGACCGGCUUCGAGAGCGCUGCUACUACUGCAUUGAUCGACUUCGCUUCUGUAAGCGCUAGCAUGAAUAUCACAGAGCCGCCGAUGUGGGUGCCUAGGAUGCCUAAACGCAUGGGCUGGAGGUUCUGCAGGAUUCCUGUCGAAGCUGGUGAGGUUGGGUAAUAGUAGGAUUCUUUCUGAGGGUUGGUGUUUGGAAGUUUCCGGGUAAUCGAUUGUUACGAUUGUGGUAUUGGGUUUAACUUAGCAGUUUCGGUGGUUUUAUGGUGUGGUGUCGAACUGGGGUCCUUGAAUAAAGGAUCUGGUUGUACUAGUAGACAGAUGAUUACAUUUGGAUGACUUUGUGGUGAGGAUGAUGGUUGGUUUGUCUUUAUACUGGGUAUUUUGCUAGUUUCGGGUUAUUGAUGAUGAUGUCUAGGGUUGCUUACUUUAGGGAUAUGUAUUCAUUAUUACCGACAGGAAUCGAAUGACUUGAGAUUAGUAUGAAACCGAGACGUGCCUUGUGCUCUUGUAGAC